UAACAUUAGGAUAUAGUAUUAUUACUUCCUGUAAACAGACAUGCAGGAACAUUCUUACAUAAAUUUUAGUUUGUGUACAUAGCUUUUUCAUGAAACAGCAAAGCAUUCGUGGCACGUUAAGUUUCGGUUUUUAAUCGUCAUGGAAACAAAUAAGGGCGGGGCCAAGUAACAGAUGCUUGCAAAAACGAAAGUUAGUCAAUAAACAAAGUGAAACGUGAUGUAUAAUACUAGACAGCUUCGAAAUAUCUGUUUACUGUACAGAGGCGUACAUAUCACUUUGCCACAAGGUUAAAGAAAGAAAUCGGCAAUGAGUCUGUCGCAGGAGAAUUUAAAAGCAAAGCUCAACCAGCUGGAGUGUCACUUCACAUGGGAACUAAAUAAGGAUGAUGUAGAUAUACAAAAUCUUCUCAAUAGGCUAGGGGAGGGGGUUGAGCUGGAUCUAGGGAAGGAGCAAGGAGUUGCCAGAGCUCACAACUUUUCAGGAUAUGUGAAAUUCCUUCUCGGAGAUCAGAAAGAGGCCCUUAGCCACCUGCUUGAAUCUGAAGCACUCUUUGGAGACCACUGUGACAAACUUCUGAUUGUCACCUAUGGAAAUUUUGCCUGGGUCAAUUACCACAUGGAAAACUAUACAGAAUGUGAAGGUUACCUGCAGAAAAUUCAGGAGAUAAAUGAAAAAUUCUUAACUGAGUCUGUUCCUGAGGUGCUUGGUGAGAAGGAGUGGACGUUUCUUAAAUUCUCUCGCAAAUAUUAUGAGCGGGCCAGAGAUGUUUUUAAGAAAGCUGUAGAGAUGGAUCCAGACAACAGCGAGUGGAACGCUGGUUAUGCCAUCGCUCUGUAUCGCACUGAUACUGAACCUUGUACAGUAGAUUCACCUGCAGUCAAGCAGCUUAGACAAGCCCUUGACAUAGACCCAGAUGAUGACGUCCUCAAAGUUCAUUUAGGACUAAAACUGUUGUUCUGUUCUAAGCAAUUAAUGAAAGAUUCUGAGAAACUUGUGGAGGAAGCUUUGAAUGGGUCUCCAGACCAUCCACACGUCAUGAGAUAUGUUAGUAUGUUCUUCAGGGAUCGUGGGUCUGUAGAAAGGUCCAUUGAACUGCUAAAGAAAGCUCUUCAAAACUCACCAGGUUCAAGCUUUAUACAUCAUCAAUUAGCACUAUGCUACAGAAGCAAGAAAAUUAAUUUACAGAAAGAGAAACAAGACUCAGAAGAAGUAAAUGAGGCUCGUGAUAACAGUAUCUACCAUUUAGAAAUGGCAACCUCUCUGAAAGCUUCCUUCAUUAUUGCAAUGAGUGAGCUGGCACUUCAAUACGGUGAGAGAGGCGAUCUCCAUAUGGCAGAGAAUCUAUUUGAAGAAACAUUUAAAAUCGCUACAGAGAAGAAAGAUAACCUGAAAGCUGUCCAUUUCCAUUAUGCUCAGUACCAGCAGUACAGUAUCAGAAAUGAGGAACAAGCAAUCUAUCAUUACAUAGAGUGUUUGAAAACAGCUCCACUUAGCAGCGAAGGAACUAGAAGUGUUCAUAAACUGAAGAAGAUUGCUCAGAAUAUUCUUAGAAAAAAUCCAGACGAUUGGAAUGGCAGUAAAAUAAUAGGAUUAAUUUUUCAAGAAAGGCCUGAUAUGUGUCAGGACAAUCCAAACGCAAGCACUGAGGAGGCCGAUGAAGUACGCAAUAAUCUAAAUGAGAUUAUGUUUUUUUAGUAUAUAUGAACCUUCUAUAAAACCAUCAUGUAAAAAUAGUUAUUUAUUUAUUACUUUGUUACAGUAUUAUCUCUGAUAUCUUACUUGUUUUUCACAUAGAUAUGUCUACGUUAUCUAGUUUGUAUAAUUUUUUACUUUGUAGAUUUGUUUUAGUAAGCAGAUUAGAAAAAUUAAUUAAUUACACUUUUUUGACAAUUUAAAAAAAUAUAAGGGCAAAACCUGGCAAACUCAUGUGAUGGAUUAUAUUUUUGUGUUGAAGGAAGCUAUGGUGAAGUGGUAGGCUAUGUAUUUUAGGAUUUUAACUAAUGUUUCAAACUUUCGGAGGUGACUGAAAUCAAAGAGGCUGUCAUCAAUAUACAUGUAUACAUAUCAUAGCAUGUACUGUAUUAGCCCAAUGUUCAAAGAAAAAAAAUCUUUGCCAUUAUAUACAUAUAUAGCCUACUACAGUACACAUAACUUAUAAAAUAUGUGUAGUUUUUGAUGCAUUUUGAAAUGUCUGUUUUUACAAAAUGCCACAGAAAUUUGACUGAAUGUAAGUGUGUGUGUACAUGUGUGUGUGUGUGUUUGUGUGUGUGAGAUUGAGCAUGUCUUUUUUGUAUUGCAUUUGUGCUCUAGUACCAGGCCUACCUUUCUGUGUUAAAAUUUUCAGAUUUAUUCUGGAUGCAUUGAUUUUUUGACAAAUAAAAGGGGAUUUUUUUGCAUUUCCCUUA